CACCGCGCUCAGUUUACCGCCACAGAGAGCUUAACGCAAAUAUAUCGCUGUAAACAGGCUGUCUAAUGUUAGCGUCGACGGCGCUGCGUUUGAACACAGACAAACGACCGGAGAGACUCAAUAAACAGGUGGAUAUACACAAAGGUUGUGACACUGACUGCUGAGAGAGUCUAAAAGUGAAGACACCGGCGGCACCGGCGCUCCGCCGCGCACUGCGGUGACACAAAGCGAACAGCCACUUCUCCACGGUUUCAGGAAGUCAGUCAGGUUUUGUUGUAUUGUUACCACGGAACUUCUCCACUGGGCUUUAAACUCACCAGACCCAAUUUUGCGGCUUUCAACACAUAGUUAGUUAGUUUGUAAUUAUUAUAUUUGCCUGUUUGGUGACCGGAUACCAAGAUGCCACCUAAAAAGCGAAACUCUGGGACGACACAGAGCAAAGAGCUGAAGCUCGCUGCUGAAAGUGGAUCUGCAGACAAGAAGGAGAGUCCAGAGUUAUCUGUUAAAAAUCACAGAGACAAAGAUGCUGAGUUUGUGACCCUGUGUAAGAGCCUUCAUGUGACAGACCUGGUGUGUGAUCGUGCCUGGACGCUGUGGAAAACUGUUCAAGAUGGCAUGGAAGAAGUCGCUGACAGUCAGAAAAGGCUGUGGGGGGCUUGUCUGUAUGUGUCAGCGACAGACAUGGAUGUCGCCUGUUUCACAUUAACUCAGGUUCUGAAAGCAGUCAGUCUGAAUGUAAAACAGUUUUUAGCUCUGGUGAGGAAGCUGGAUGUGAACUUGGAUACUAUAAGCACCAAGGUGAAUUCAGCACUGACGCGAUUGGAGAAGAAGUAUGAUGUGACGCUGGCUCUGUACCAGAGGUUUGAGAAAACAUGCAAGAACAUCUUUGCUUUGGUUUCCGACAGCAAGGAGAGGGAGACCAUCCGGAGCUGCUGGACAAUGUUUCUUUUGGCCAAAGGAAGGGCCUUGCAGAUGGAGGAUGACCUGGUCAUAUCAUUCCAGUUGCUGCUGUGUACACUGGAAUUAUGCAUCAAGCGCUGCCCUCCAGAUCUUCUGCAGCCUCUUUACAAAUCAGCUAUCAGCAAAGUUCAGAGCCCUCCGACAAGAACAUCUCGUCGCAACCAGAGCAAAGCCAAAUCCCGACCUGUGGAGCCAGAGGUGGAUUUGCAGCUUCUCAAAACCUUGUGCAAAGACAAUGAAUGCAAUGCAGAAGAGGUGAAGAAUGUAUACCAGACCAGUUUCUCGGCUUUCCUGGACUCACUGGAUCUUUCCAGAUCUCCAGAUUUCCCUCAGGCCAAUGAGCUCAACCAACAAUAUGAAGAACACUACCUCAAGAGUAGAGACUUUGACGGACGGCUGUUUUUUGACGGAGAUGAGACUGUUCUCGCGCCUAAAGUCGAGAUAUCACAGGUGGAGAGAACGCCAAAGAAGAACCUGUCAGAUGAAGAUACUGUACUCAUCCCUCCCCAGACGCCAAUCAGAGCUGCCAUGAACUCCAUUCAGCAGUUGAGGGGGGAUCUCACCUCCAGUGGGGACCAGCCCUCUACUAACCUGGCUACAUAUUUCAAAAAUUGCACUGUGGACCCAACGCAGGAGGUGCUGAAGCGCUUGGAGACACUCGGACAGGCGUUUAGCCAAAGGUUUGGUCAGGCAGUCGGCCCACGCUGUGUAGUACUCGGCAGGCAGAGAUUUAACCUUGGUGUCAAACUGUAUUACAAAGUCAUGGAGGCAAUGCUGAAAUCGGAAGAGAAGCGAUUGUCUGUGCAAAAUUUCAGUAAACUCCUGAAUGACUCCACAUUCCACACAUCACUUUUGGCCUGUGCUUUGGAGGUGGUCAUGGCAACGUAUGGAGAGAGCAGUUUUAAGACUGGAGGAUACAACCAUGGUGGGGGUGGCGAAGCAGCUGAAACAAACGUGUGUUUCCCCUGGAUACUGGACGUGGUCAACCUCGCCGCCUUUGACUUCUACAAAGUCAUCGAGAGCUUCAUUAAGGCCGACCCCACUCUGAGCAAGGAUAUUGUCAAACACCUGGAGACCUGCGAGAACCUCAUCAUGGAGAGGAUUGCAUGGAGGACGGGCUCGCCGCUGUUUGAGCUUCUGAAACUGGAGAAUGAGGGCGGAGCAGCAGAGCAGGUGGAGACUCCAGCCAGUUUCAGCCAACCACUGCAGCACAACCACACCGCAGCUGACCUUUAUCUGUCCCCCAUGCGCCCGGGGCUUCGCGUCUUGCCUCCCGAGUCCCCAGCCACGCCCAGCUCUCAAGCUUCCUCUCAGCCUCCGACCCAGCCUGCCAGCCAGAUGCCACGGCUGCCAAAGUCCAACUCUCUCAGCCUCUUCUAUAAAAAAUUGUACCGCCUGGCCUACAUGAGGCUGAAGAUACUCUGCUCCUACCUGCUGUCCUCCCACCCUGAACUGGAGCCCAUCAUAUGGACCCUGUUCCAGCACACUCUGCAGCACGAGCACGAGCUGAUGAGGGACCGCCACCUCGACCAGUUGAUGAUGUCAGCCAUGUAUGCCAUAUGUAAAGUGAAGAGUGUCGAUCUACGCUUCAAGACCAUCGUCACAGCGUACAAGAACAUGCCCAACACCAACCAGGAGACCUUUAAGCACGUGUUGAUCACUGAGGGCCACUACGACUCCAUCAUUGUCUUCUACAACCAAGUGUUUAUGCAGAAGUUGAAAACCAACAUUCUGCAGUAUGCGUCCACCAGGCCGCCCACGCUUUCUCCAAUCCCUCAAAUACCACGCAGCCCCUACAAGUUCCCCAAUUCACCUCUGCGUGUGCCAGGGAGCAACAACGUGUACAUCUCCCCUCUGAAAAGCCCACGCAUGUCCCCGGGUAUCAUGACUCCUCGCUCCAGAAUGCUGGUAUCGAUCGGUGAAUCUUUUGGGUUGUCCAAUCGGUUCCAGAAGAUCAACCAGAUGGUCAACAGCAGCGAUCGCUCCUUUAAGAGGACUCUGGAUCUCGGCUCCACUCCAAAGCCUCUGAAGAGGUUACGGUUCGAUGUGGACGGGCAAGACGAAGCCGAUGGCAGUUUAAUUUACAGCAAAUCUGAAAGAGAUUCCACACUGAUACAGAAGCUUGCAGAGAUGAGCUCCACUCGGAGUCGCAUGCAGGAGCAGAAGAUGAAGGAGGACGCAGAAUCAAGGAAGGAGUAACUCUCAAACCUACUGAACUGGCCUGCACUGUUUAUCACAACGUGAACACUACUUUUUGUUCACACACAAAGGGAAACACGAGUUUCUCUGUACAUUUAGUAUUGGAUUUUAGUUUGUAUUUAACUUUGAAGAGUAAUAUGUGAAUAUAGAGGACUUUCUCCUCGUUUCCGUUGAUGCUUUAACUGAGUGUUUUAACUGAAUAAUGAGUGACGUCAUUGAAUUUCCUUUGAAUUUUGACUUGUUGGAGAUUAAGUAUGUUUGUUUUUAAGAGUGGUAUUAAUUUGUGGGUGUUUAUAAGGAAUCAUUGUUUUCUCUCUCAUGAAUGUUCUCAAUUGUUGAGAGCGUUAUUGAUGGACAGCAACACUGCAAUGUUUUAUUAGUUCUUAAAUAAUUGGUUGAGUCUUACCACCUUCUUGUGUUGAGCUUUUUUCUUUUUGAGUCUUUUCAAAAAAUGUUUUAAUCAUGAUGCAACAUCUCAUGUGUUCAAUCAUGAUUACUGUCCUCAAAAAGUAUAACGUAGUUUAGUUAGUGCCAUAAAGUGAGAACUACAGAACAAUCAAAUAUCACUUGAAGGAAAAUCCUACAUGAUUUGCACUCAACCAAAAGUAAUGUAGUUUCAAAGUAUUUGGUUACACGUACUGUUAGUUCAACUAAAAGUUUUUUUUAAUGUUCUCAGUCACAUUUUUCUAUACAUACCUGGGUUAUUUUAAUCUUUGAAAAUGGGGAAUUGGAGGAUUCUGAAAAAA